AUGAAGAUUUUCAACAUUGCUAUGGCUGUUGACCACUUGACAUACUGUGGUUCGUUUCAUAAUUGGGGGAGAUGGGCCGAAGAGGGUCAGGCUGGAAGAGAUGAGGGAAAAAUACUCUCUUCAAGAUCGAGUGGAAAUGUUAGGUGCUGUCCCGCAUGCCAGAGUACGCUCUGUCCUGAUUUCAGGCCAUAUAUUCUUAAACAGCGUUCAAACAAGAAGGAGAGGGAUUGUUCGCCAGACUGCCGAUCGCGGAGGGGAGAGAUUGUGAAAGAGUUCGUUCGCCGGAGUGCCAAGCGUGGAGGCGAGAGGCUGUGA